AUGACUGUUCGAACAAUUGAAGGUGUUUACAUGGGACCCACCAACAAUAUUCAAGAAGGACACCGUAUCUAUGAUCUGAACACAAAGUGCGAGGCACAACGUGCGAAGAUCAAGGUUCUUCUGAUGACCGACCAAGUCAUCACGAUUAUAGAAGAAGACGCAAGAUUGGAAGGAGUGACGGAAUUACGCACCUAUUCCAAGCGUAAUGGCAAGCUAAUCCUCGAUGGUGAUUUGCUCAAAGGAGUGGACCCAGAUGAACUGUGGGAUGAAAACUACGUACCAGUAAACGAAAUCAAAAGACUGAGUGACGAAGUUGAUGAAUUACUAAUGGAUGCUGAAGCAGACAUCAUGGAAUCGAGGUUCGACAGGGACAGGAACCCAAGAUACGAUAGCGAGGCGAAUCAAUAUGAAGAUGAGCUAGAGGACAAAAUGUUUGACAGAUUGUUCAAGAAGAUUAAGGCUAAACAAGAUGCUGAAGAUCCGAUGGACGAAGACUACCAGGAACACUGCCAAUGA